AUCUUAAUUAGAGAACUUGAUUGUUCUACACCGCCCAUUCGGGUAUGUGGACUUUCAGAUCUCAUUAAGAUGUGUUAACUACUUUUAUACUUUGAAAUUUUAUAUAACACGUAGAAAUGCUGAUGAUUAGUGUCAAUACCUUAGAUCAUAGCUAAGUAGUGAUACUCAUGCAAUGUAGAGAUGGCCACCAAAGCGUUAAUCGCUGAACAGCUAAAAGGACAACAUUUCGACGGCAACAACUACGAAGACUGGUCUCGCGCAGUGCGAUGCCUUCUAGACGAGGACGACAUAUCUCACACACUCGAUGUAGUUCAAGAGGAACCCAUCCUGACUGAAAACGGAAAUUUACAAGAACAUAGGGUUGCGAUGAUUCGCUAUAAUAAGUGGCGAAAACAAAAUCGUUCAGCCCGUAAUGUCCUUCUUAGCACUAUGCACAAAGAACUCAUACCUACGUAUGAAGUGCAUGAAACCGCUAAGGGAAUGUGGGAAGCACUGACAGAUGCCUAUGCGCAGAAGUCAGAUGCGAGAGUUAGGGCAAUGGAAUUGGAAUUCCAGGAGUAUAGGAUGCCUGUCGGCUAUCCCAUCAAAGAUCAUAUUCGUAAGAUGGAGCAAAUGAUAGGUGCCCUUAGGAAUGUUGGGUGCAAAUUGACUGAAAAUCAGAAGAUUAUAGCCAUGCACCGUUCCUUGCCUGAAUCUUGGGCCCAAAUCAAAAGAAUUCUGAACCAUACUGAUUCUAUCACAACGUUCAGAGACUUUUGUGGCCACUUGGUACGUGAGGUUGAAAUGAAUGCAAUUCAGCCAGGUUCGGCUAAGGCCUUUGUAACAGAGACCCAUAAGCGAAAAGCUAAUAAUAAACGGUCCAAAGCUUGCAAGAAGGCGAAGAAGAAUAAUCAAGAACAGAAGACCACAAAACCUGCUCCAAAUCUCAAGAAGGGGAAUGGAAAGAAGAAGCAGAAAAAGACAAAUGUAAUCUGCUUUGUCUGUGAAAAUUUCGGCCAUUAUGCUCGGCAGUGUGCCCACAAAAAGACGGCGCAACAAAGCACGUGACACAGAGUCGUCGAGGACUCGAGGAAUUCCAGCCUGUAGCCAAAGGAAGUUAUAAGCUGUACAUGGGCAAUAACGCUGUUGAAGACGUACUAGGGAUUGG